AAUAAUAAAGGAGGAGCUAUCCAUCAUAAAAAUGGCUGAAAUUCUCCUUGAUCCUGCUAUUCGCCUUUGGGUUAUUAUCCCUAUAGUCCUCAUCAGUUUAAUGUUUGGGCUCGUCCGCCAUUAUGUCACUAUAUUGUUGAAAUCUGAGAAACCAGUCCAACUUGACAACCUUAAGGACAGCCAGGCUCUAAUCAGGAGUCGUCUGUUAAGAGAGAAUGCUGGAUACAUUCCAGAACAGUCAUUUCUCAUGAGACGUCAUUACUUCAAUAAUUCUGAAACUGGAUAUUUCAAACAAGAGAGACCCAGUGCUCCUAAUGCACUCUCUGCUAUGGGAGAUCCAUCCAUGGCACUUGACAUGAUGAAGAGUACAUUCACUAAUGUCUUGCCAAUGAUUGCUAUUGGUGGUUGGAUUAACUGGACAUUCUCUGGCUUCUUGGCCACAAAAGUUCCCUUUCCGUUAACAUAUCGCUUCAAAGCAAUGCUGCAGAGAGGAGUAGAAUUGAAGUCUUUGAGUGCCUCAUGGGUCAGUUCAAUGUCCUGGUAUUUUCUGAAUGUCUUUGGAUUAAGAAGCAUAUACUCAUUAAUCUUGGGAUCUGAUAAUUCUGCUGAUCAAGGGAAGCAAAUGGCAAUGCAAAUGAACAUGCAACAGUCAGCAAUGGGAGGUGGGAAACAGCAACCAUCCCAGAUGUUCAAGCCUGAAUGGGAGGCUCUGCAAGUUGUCACUCACACUGAUCAUCUUAACAGAAUAGAGGAUGAGUUGAUUCGUGGUGCUCGACUGCCACUCACUGACACCAAGAGAAAGAAAGCACUAUAACAUGUGCUCUUGUAUAGCUAAUUAUUAUUUACUGUUAAUUACAUAGUUAUAAAACUAACAAUAGCUAUAAAUCAAAUUUACACAAGGAAUUUGACAUUUUUUUCUAAUUGAAGCAA